CCGAAGCAUUUCGUCGAGCGAGGGCCGCGCGCCGCCCAAAACCCCUCAUCCCAAAUCAAAACCCUACGCCUCCGCCUCCGCCUCCGCCGCCGCGCCAUGCUCCACUCCAGUCUCUCCAAGUCCCAGCCCCUACCGCUCCUCGCGGGAGCGUCUUCGCCUCGCCGUGCCCUCCUCGCCGGCCUCCUCCGAGCCGGGUACUUCUCUAAUUCGGCUGCCUCCUCACCCGCGCUUCGUCCGUCCACCACCCGUGGGAGCACCAGGGCGGCGACUACCCCGCGAGAUCCCUCGCGCUUCGGCCUGGGACAUAGGGUCUCGUUCUCCACUUCACCAGAUGGUUCUGGUUCGGUCCGCGGCGACGGCGGGAUGUCGCUUCCUUGGCUAGCCGCCGGGAGUGUCGAUAGCGGCGUCCCCACCGCAAGGACUAGCGCCGGCCGCUCCUCCUCGUGGGAGAGCUCCGCUGAUAAAUUCUUCUCUAAAGGCGACCAAAGUGCGGGAGUAGGGACAUUGGAAGAUAGCGUUUCAUACAAGGAGGGGGGAAUUGGAGGGGAGGAGAAUGAACCAAUUGACAAUCCCAAGUGGGGCCGGAUUAAGGAUAAGUUCCGGCGAAACGUGGCAAGGGAUGAAGGGUCCCGUGACCGUGGUGAGAGGUUUGAAAAGCCGGAUGUAAGGCGGUGGAACAAGCAAGAGGACCGUGGUGAGAGGUUCGACAAGCCGGAUGUGAGGCAGUGGAACAAGCAAGAGGACCGUGGUGAGAGGUUUGACAAGCCAGAUGUGAGGCGGUGGAACAAGCAAGAUGACCGUGGUGAGAGGUUCGACAAGCCGGAUGUGAGGCGGUGGAACAAGCAAGAGGACCGUGGUGGGAGGUUUAGAGGGGAGAGGUUCAACCAGCCGGAUGUGAGGCGGUGGAACAAGCAAGAGGACUGGGGCAGGAAGACGUGGAAGGAGGCAGGGGAAUCGACAGUGCCAAAUAUGGUUGGGGAGGGGGUUUACGGCGUCGGGCCGGUACUUGCAGCUCUCACGGCUGGGAGGAGGGAGUUUUAUGCAUUGUACACACAGGAAGGGAUGGAUUUGAGCAGGAGCAACAAGAAGAAGAAGGACAAAAGGGGGAUUGAGAAGGUGCUGCUGAUGGCAGAGACUAUCGGACUUAAAGUUAUUGAGGCAUCAAAGCAUGAUCUCAACAUGGUGGUGGAUAACCGACCGCAUCAAGGUCUGGUGCUUGAUGCAUCACCCUUGGAAAUGGUGACCACUAAGGAGUUGGAACCAGUUAGGGUUCGUGGUGGAAAGGCACCAGUCUGGAUAGCUUUGGAUGAGGUUAUGGACCCUCAGAAUCUAGGAGCCAUAAUUAGAUCAGCAUACUUCUUCGGUGCGGAGGGUGUUGUCUUGUGCGCUAAGAACUCUGCUCCAUUAAGUGGAGUAGUGAGCAAAGCUAGUGCAGGCUCGCUUGAGUUGAUUGAGCUGCUUUCGUGUAGGAACAUGAUGCAGUUUCUGUCUUCAUCAGCUGAAAAUGGGUGGCGAGUUCUUGGUGGUACUGUCGCUCCUAAAGCUAUACCUCUAUCUGAAGUUACCACAGGGGAGCCAACGAUUCUGGUGUUGGGCAGUGAAGGCACUGGUCUGAGGCCCCUGGUUGAGCGAUCCUGCACACAUUUGGUCAAGAUCGCUGGUAAUACUGAUGGAAUUGUUGUAGAAGAAGAAAUAGAUGCCACAGAUGCAGAUGUAGGGGAAGAAGGUGAUAAUUGUUCAGGUAAUCAAGAUAUGAAAUCAUUCCUUGCAGUAGAGAGCUUAAAUGUUAGUGUAGCAGCAGGGGUUUUGCUUUAUCAUCUGGCUGGAAAGAAUGCCAUCCCUGUAAGUGAGAAGCCUAGCGUCUCUACUGUGUAAGGAUGUUCCAUGUUUCAUCCAUACCACAGUUAUUAAUGUUUGUUCUCCUGUACUCCCAUUAAGGAUGAACUUUUGUUUCUCUUCUA